AUGCUCUCGCAUAAUAACGCUGCCCCCUCCCACGUCUCCUUCGCAACAGACACACAUACAUCAUGUUCAGCUGGGUCGACAGUUCUUCCUUUCAGUUCUUCCUUCCUGAAUUCAUUGAGCUGGGUCGACCUUUCAGUUCUUCCUUUCAGUUCAGUUCUUCCUGAAUUCAUUGAUGGGUCGACCUUUUCAGUUCUUCCUGGGUCGACCUUUCAGUUCUUCCUGAAUUCAUUGAGCUGGGUCGACCUUUCAUUCUUCCUGCAUUCAUUGAGCUGGGUCGACCUUUCUGAAUUCAUUGAGCUUCCUGAAUUCAUUGAGCUGGGUCGACCUUUUCAGUUCUUCCUGAAUUCAUUGAGCUGGGUCGACCUUUCAGUUCUUCCUGCAUUCAUUGAGCUGGGUCGACCUUUCAGUUCUUCCUGGGAAUUCAUUGAGUUCUUCCUGGUUGACCUUUCAGUUCUUCCUGAAUUGAGCUGGGUCGACCUUUCAGUUCUUCUGAAUUCAUUGAGCUGGGUCGACCUUUCAGUUCUUCCUGAAUUAUUCCUGGGUCGACCUUUCAAUUCAUUGAGCUGGGUCGACCUUUCAGUUCUUCCUGAAUUCAUUGAGCUGGGUCGACCUUUCAUUCUUCCUGAAUUCAUUGAGCUGGGUCGACUUUCCUUUCAGUUCUUCCUGCAUUCAUUGAGCUGGGUCGACCUUUCAGUUCUUCCUGAAUUCAUUGAGCUGGGUCGACCUUUCAUUCUUCCUGCAUUCAUUGAGCUGGGUCGACCUUCAGUUCUUCCUGAAUUCAUUGAGCUGGGUCGACCUUUCAGUUCUUCCUGCAUUAUUGAGCUGGGUCGACCUUUCAGCCUUCCCUGCCCGUGGUCGACAGUUCUUCCUGAAUUCAUUGAGCUGGGUCGACAGUUCUUCCUGAAUUCAUUGAGCUGGGUCGACCUUUCAGUUCUUCUGAAUUCAUUGAGCUGGUCGAAGUUCUUCCUGAAUUCAUUGAGCUGGGUCGACCUUUCAGUAAAAAGUGAUACCGGACAAUCUCUUGGAAUAACUGACCCCUCCCUCCACCUCUCUAUCCCUGUCUUUCUCUUUUCCCUUCUCUUUCUCUUUCUCUCUCUUUCUCUCUCUCUCUCUCUCUCUCUCUGUUUUUUUUUCGAGUGCACCUGUCUUAAUAAAGAAAAUUUACCCUCCGGUUAA